UGGCCGGGGAGCUGGGCCUGCGACCGCAGUGUGUAAGCUCGUGCAGGUGGCGGUAUCCGGUAGCUUUUUCGCGUAGCCGGAAGCGGCUUUUUCUCUAGGUGUUCUGCUGAAGACCGAGUUGUCUGUUGCACCGCAGGCUCCUGAGCCGUGACCUGGCUGUGGCUGAGCAGACAGUGAAAGACCGGGCUGGACAGGCCCGACCCGGCUCAGCACCGCAGAUUCAGACCCGGCCUUUGAGGGGAGAGGCCUGAGGGAAGAGCCAGAGCGGGGCUGGACCUUCAGUGAAGCGACGCUGACAGAGAACAGCUGGGAGGCGGUGGCGCUAGGUGGGACACAAAUGCUGGAGGAAGGAGGUGAGAAGGACUGGUGGAGCGGUUUAUGGCUUCCAGCUUGCCCGCUGAUACUGCUGUGUGACCCGGAUCAGAAAAGUGAGGUCACAUGAUUUGCACACUGCUGAGCCACCAUCUCCGGAUCCUGCCCUUCCCCAAGAGGAAGGCACAGAAGAGGAAGGAAUGGCAGCUGGUCUCGCAGCUGGGCCCCAAGACUGCACGCCUUUCAGCAGUGUGGCUGUAGCAUUUACCCAGGAAGGGUGGAGGCGCUCGGUCCCUGCUCUGAGGAACAGGUUCAUGGAGGGGAUACCAGAAGAGUCCAGAAACCUGGUCCUCCUGGGACUUCCAGUCUCCCAGCCUGUAAUGAACUCCCAGUUGGAACAAAGGGAAGGCUCAUGGAUGCUGGAGAGAGAAGGCCUAAGGAGUACCUGUCCAGACUGGAAGAUUGAGUCACCACCUGAGCAACACAUUUCCAAAGAAUCAUUCCAAGACACAAGUGUAGAGCUGCCCCCUGCAGAGUCAGGUCACAGGAACAGUGAACUGGGGAAAAGCUGCAAUCUGAGACCAGUACUUUCUCCGCAGCAGAAAGUUCCUACAGAAGUGAGACCCUGUAAACAUGAAACACACACAGAGAGCCUCAGGAAGGAUUUGGAUAUAAUUACACCUCGCAGAGCGAAGCCGUACAUGUGUAAUGAAUGCGGCAAAGCCUUCAGUUACUGUUCUUCCCUUUCUCAGCAUCAGAAGAGCCACACUGGGGAGAAGCCGUAUGAGUGCAGUGAAUGCGGGAAGGCCUUCAGCCAGAGCUCCUCUCUUAUUCAGCACCAGAGGAUUCACACUGGAGAGAAACCUUUUAAGUGUAGCGAGUGUGGAAGGGCCUUCAGCCAGAACGCAAACCUCACAAAACACCAGCGAACUCACACCGGAGAAAAGCCCUACAAAUGUAGUGAGUGUGAGAAAGCCUUCAGUGACUGUUCAGCACUUGUUCAGCAUCAGAGAAUUCACACUGGAGAGAAGCCUUAUGAAUGCAGCGACUGUGGGAAGGCCUUCCGACACAGUGCAAACCUCACAAACCACCAGAGGACUCACACAGGGGAGAAGCCCUACAAGUGCAGCGAGUGCGGGAAGGCCUUCAGCUACUGCGCAGCCUUUAUUCAGCACCAGAGAAUCCACACCGGGGAGAAGCCCUACAGGUGUAACGCGUGUGGGAAGGCCUUUAGCCAGAGCGCAAACCUCACAAACCAUCAGAGGACUCACACAGGGGAGAAGCCCUACAAGUGCAGUGAGUGUGGAAAGGCCUUCAGCCAAAGUACAAACCUUAUAAUCCACCAAAAGACCCACACUGGGGAGAAGCCUUAUAAAUGUAAUGAAUGUGGGAAGUUCUUCAGUGAGAGCUCAGCCCUCAUUCGACAUCAUAUAAUUCACACAGGCGAAAAACCCUACGAGUGCAAUGAGUGUGGAAAAGCAUUUAACCAGAGCUCAUCCCUUAGUCAGCAUCAGAGAAUUCACACUGGUGUGAAGCCCUAUGAAUGCAGAGUGUGUGGGAAGGCCUUCAGGUGUAGUUCAGCCUUCAUCAGACAUCAGAGACUCCAUGCUGGAGAGUAACUGGGAAUAUAACCAGAGUGGACUGGGGACAUCUGACUUGAAGUCUGUAGCCCAGAGCCACAAGCAAAAGCACCUUUAAUAAAAUAGUCACCAUUUUACAUGUUGCA